CUCACAUCAAUCAUACACCUACGCCGCACUACGCAGCCUCAUCCCGGCGUCCCUAACAGCCGUUACUAUAUUGCAAUACCAAUAUACCUAGUUCACUAAAUUUAACUUUCCGUUCGCAAUGGCAGCAUCUAGUUCCCUUGAUGCUUUUCACCUUUUCCCUCGCCUUCCAACCGAACUUCGUCUCCAGAUAUGGAAGUUUGCUGCUGUUCUACCUCGAGUUUUAACAGUGCGUUCGGUAUUCUCGAAUCUUAGCCUGCAGCCUAAGAGACUUGAAUACUUUUACUCCCCCGAUCCUGCUCCGGCAAUGUUCCUUGCUUGCCAAGAAUCCCGUUUAGAAGCUCUUCCGUUAUAUACCAAGGCGUUCUCUGCUGAUACACGAUAUAUCUGGGCAAACUUCACUGUCGACACCAUCAAAAUCGACGAUUACUCGUUGCCUGAGAUAAAGCUCGCAGAAAGACAACUCAUCCGUUGGUUGGUUGUGGAGUCGGUAUCCGCCGGACUUUACCAUUAUUAUCGCUUUGGAGAAGUUCGAGGCUUUAGAAACUUAGAAGAAGUAGAUAUCUUGGUGUCAGAUGAGAUUUCUCAAUGGGAAGGCUCUAUUAAUCAUUUUCUGUAUCAUAUGACGGUGCAAUAUGGUGAAUUGGAGGAUUGGGAAUGGCCGAGAAUUAGGAUUUUCCAGCCGGAGACUGGGGUUGAAAUGAAUAGCCAGAAAUAUCACAGGGCUAUAAAUAGGGAGCGAGGCUGAUUUCGCAGAGGAAGAAGACGCAGGCAGAUAAGUGAGAGCGAUAGAGAAAGGGAUUCAGAAUAAAUCCAGUACAAAUGAG